UUGUCGUUCCUUCUUUCAAAUAUAAAAGCAUCCCUUUUUCUCUCUCCUUCACUCUCUUCAGAUCCUGUUAGAGUUCCGCCACGACUCUAACCCUAGCUCCAUUUUACGCAUUACUCUCGCGCUUCAAUCUCGAUUUCGAUCAAUUUUCCCCCAAUUUCAAUCAUGGCAGGAGUUGCACCUGAAGGUUCCCAGUAUGACGCUCGCCAGUAUGACAGCAAAAUGAGUGAAUUGCUUUCUGAGGAAGGAGGUGAUUUCUUCACUUCAUAUGACGAGGUUUAUGAAAGCUUCGAUAAAAUGGGUUUGGCAGAGAACCUUCUUAGAGGAAUCUAUGCUUAUGGUUUCGAGAAACCUUCUGCUAUUCAACAGAGGGGAAUAGUCCCGUUCUGCAAGGGUCUUGAUGUUAUUCAGCAAGCCCAAUCUGGUACAGGAAAGACAGCUACUUUCUGCUCUGGUAUCCUCCAGCAGUUGGAUUAUGAAUUGCUGGAAUGCCAAGCUCUUGUGCUUGCUCCAACCAGAGAGCUUGCUCAACAAAUUGAGAAAGUUAUGAGGGCCCUUGGAGAUUAUUUGGGCGUUAAGGUUCAUGCUUGUGUUGGAGGAACAAGUGUGCGUGAGGAUCAAAGAAUCCUUGCUGCUGGGGUACAUGUUGUUGUUGGUACCCCUGGACGUGUCUUUGACAUGUUGCGCAGACAAUCCCUUCGCGCCAAUCAGAUUAAAAUGUUUGUUCUUGAUGAAGCUGAUGAGAUGCUUUCUAGAGGUUUCAAGGACCAGAUUUACGACAUUUUCCAGCAACUACCACCCAAGAUCCAAGUCGGAGUGUUUUCAGCAACUAUGCCCCCUGAGGCCCUUGAGAUCACCAGGAAGUUCAUGAACAAACCUGUGAGGAUUCUUGUGAAGCGUGAUGAGCUGACUCUCGAGGGUAUCAAGCAGUUCUAUGUUAAUGUUGACAAGGAAGACUGGAAGCUCGAUACACUUUGUGAUCUCUACGAAACUUUGGCGAUCACUCAAAGUGUUAUAUUCGUUAACACCAGGAGGAAGGUGGACUGGUUGACCGACCAGAUGAGAGCCCGUGAUCACACCGUUUCAGCCACCCAUGGAGACAUGGACCAGAACACUAGGGACAUCAUUAUGAGGGAGUUCCGUUCUGGUUCAUCCCGUGUCCUCAUUACAACCGAUCUUCUUGCUCGUGGUAUUGAUGUUCAGCAAGUCUCCCUUGUGAUCAACUACGAUCUUCCAACCCAACCCGAGAACUACCUCCACAGGAUUGGACGAAGUGGUCGAUUUGGAAGGAAGGGUGUUGCCAUCAACUUUGUUACCAGUGAUGAUGAUAAGAUGCUCUUUGAUAUUCAGAAGUUCUACAAUGUGACAGUGGAGGAGCUCCCUGCUAACGUUGCUGACCUUAUCUGAUGAAUUUGGUUUGUGUUUUUAGGGAAGAAGGUGUUUUGUCUGUCCAAUUAGUAAAGAUUCCAGUUGGGCAACGUGGUGUUUAUUGGAUGAUUAUUAUUUAUCAGAUGACAGAGUUUCACAGCCUAUCACUCUUUAAUUACUAUGCUUCUCUUUUUUUUCCUUUUUACCUCCUUUAUUAUGGGAACAUCUUUAACCCACGCUGUGGAUGUCCCAGCUUAAAUUUUUGUAGGAGACAAGUUUAAAUUGUACUUUUGUAUUUUAGGUUAAGAAUGAGUUUUACCUGUUGCCAUUUUUACUGA